AUGGCCGCGAUGACGUUACGUGCUAACGAAGAAUACAUGUACAGGGGGACAAUGCCAACCAAGAUUGAAAACAUGGACCUCCCUUUAGGUGGCGACUUCUCCUGCAAAAGAUCACAAGUGCCAGGAAAAUGCGCGUUUUAUCUUGAACUCCACGCCCGUGUUCCAAGAAAAGGGAAGGCUAUGUGUAGCUGGAUGGGACCYAAAUGCAAGGGAUUCGUCUAUAAUUCUGGUAUCAACUUAAUYAUUCUAAAAAAUAGCAUCAAAGGGAGUCCUAAAUAUUCACUUGGAUUCGAGUUGUAUGUGAAGAAAGCUUACGUUGAUUUGGUUCAUGUCGUCAUUGAAGAGUGCGCUCCAAGUUUGAAGGAUGGACCAGCAUCAGAUCAAGUUUCAGACCUUGCAUGUCACAUCCCUAAACUGAAUCCCUUCGAUGAAACAAUCAUGGGACUGAUACAAAAGAAAACCCUGGAAUGUCCGGGCAAGUCAAUUACACAAUAUGAUGGAAGUACGUUGACUUUUAUAACUGAAG